CUUCAGAGAGAGUUCAGACACCCAUAUAUUUGGUUCUGGGAAGGGUGCAUCCCAGGGAACUGGUGCAGUCGUGGGUGAUUUGCCUUCCCUGUCACAAUGCCUGAUGCUGGAGCUAAUUGUAAUGAGUGACCAAAAAUAUACUCGCUCAGGCGAGUUAAGGAGAAUUUUGGGCUUUACUGUUGGGAGCACGUCAGAAAAUUCUUUUGGUGCUGCUCAUUUGAAGUCUUCACUUCAUUUUGGUGAUGAAUUAAAGAAGUUCAGAGAUAGUGUUGCAGAGUCGUGCAACAAAGCUAGUGGUAGAGCUAAAAAGCUAGACGAACAAUUGCAUAAGCUGACAAAAUAUUCUGAAGGCAUACCUUCUAAGAAACAACAGAGGAAUGAGCAGUUAACAAAUGAGAGAUUAGGUGGUUCAAGGAACACAGAUACAUCGAGGCCCUUCAGAUCUUGUAACACAGAAGACAGAGUAGCUGCCGAAGAAUAGUACUCUUAACAAGCGUGUACGCACAUCAGUGGCAGAAACUCGGGUUCGUAAUUGAUAUCAUGUUAUUUAAAUUUGUU